CCCGUGUCGUCGACGUCGUGGCUGUUGAUUUUCUUCGUGGUUUACCGGUCGCUUCAAAAGUAACCGGCUUGUCAUUGGGUCUCUUGCAUAUAUAUAUAUAUAAGCACGCAGAAAACUAUAUAUAUAUAUAUCGAUACAUAUAUUUUUCCUCUCCCGUACAGACCCAAAAUUUUUAAAUGGCACACGCAACAUAUGUAUAUAUUUAUAUUUGUGUACCUACGUGUAUAUACGUAACGUGAAUUAUGUUCUAUGGUGUCGUGACACGAAGACGUUAAUGGAUUAUAACAAAAAGAGAGUGACAGCUGCAUCUUGCUACACAAAAAUUCCUUUGCUACUUGGAUACGUUAUUUAAAUUUAUUAUCAAGCUUCGUAGGCUUCGUACCUUAACAAUUUGACGGCCAGGGGCUGAAGUGCAAUUUGAAAAAAAAAUAUGAAAUUUUAUCACGGUGACCUGUCAGACCGUUCGAAUCCUUUGUAUUUAUCGUUGGAACUCGUCCUACUGUCUGACAAUGGUAGCAGCAUGUAUUCUUGAUGCGACCGAGUGAAGUACGUGAAGAUAGGGAAAAAAAAUUUUUGAAAAAAAUCAAAACCAACUGGGUCCAGACGCUUUUCGGAUGGUUCGAUAAAUCAGUGUUAAGAACGUCAGUCGAAUUACUGAGCUUGCAGCUGUUCUUCGUCAUGAUCAAGAAACUAUGAGGAUCCUUGGAGAAAUUGCGAUAAAGUCGACCGAGGGACAGUCGGGAUUUUUGAAGUCUGGAUGAACGUUGGGUCGUCGGGCGAGUGAAUAGGGUCAGGACCGGUGAGCACGUUCCUGUAUCUUUUUCUUCCGACGGUGUCAACGGUGGCGGAUCGUAAGGAAAUAAAAAGUGGGAGGAAUCCGUCAAGAUUGCUCGAAAGUCGUGUGAGAUCCGCAGAGUCGGACGAGCUGCAGAGAUUGGGGGUUCCAGCGUGAUGCAGCGGGCGGGCCCCGGCGGCGGGCCCGGGCCCCUAGGACUUCAGGGCCCACAUAGGUCCCUGAAGAUAUCGCCCGUCAAGAUCCAGGACGAGUGUGGCAAUCCCAUGUCACAGAAAGCCAGCAGCUCUCUAUGCGUGGGUUGCGGCAGCAUAAUUCACGAUCAGUGGAUCCUGAGGGUAGCACCGGAUCUCGAAUGGCACGCGUCGUGCCUGAAGUGCGCCGAAUGCCAGCAAUUCCUCGACGAGACUUGCACGUGCUUCGUACGCGACGGCAAGACGUACUGCAGGCGCGAUUACGUCAGGCUCUUCGGUACCAAGUGCGACAAGUGCAGUCAGUCCUUCAGCAAAAAUGAUUUCGUGAUGCGGGCCAAAACGAAAAUCUAUCAUAUCGACUGCUUCCGGUGCUCGGCCUGCAUGCGGAAGCUGGUACCGGGUGACGAAUUUGCCCUGAGACACGACGGCCUCUUCUGCAGACUGGACCACGACGUUCUCGAAGGCGGGAAACUCUGUUCGGGUCCUGGUGCCGUAUCCGGGAACGAGAACAACAACAACGCCUCCCUGACGAACAACAACAAUCAUUUACAUCCGAACGACGGUUCAAUGUCCGAUUCCGGAUCGGAGAGCGGUUCCCACAAGGCCGGCGUCGGCGGGGUACGCGGUACCGGAAGUCACAAGGGCGGUGGAGGCUCCGACGGGAAACCGACCCGCGUGCGCACGGUGCUCAAUGAGAAGCAAUUGCACACACUGAGAACGUGUUACGCAGCAAAUCCUAGGCCGGAUGCGCUGAUGAAGGAGCAGCUCGUCGAGAUGACCGGGCUGAGUCCUCGGGUGAUAAGGGUCUGGUUCCAGAACAAGAGAUGCAAGGACAAGAAGAAGACCAUUGCCAUGAAGCAGCAGAUGCAGCAAGAAAAGGACGGGAGGAAAUUAGGAUUCGGUGGAAUGCAUGGGAUCCCUAUGGUGGCCAGUAGCCCGGUUCGCCAUGAGAGCCCAAUUGGCAUGACGCCGUUGGAGGUUCAUGCAUAUCAGCCACCCUGGAAGGCGUUAUCCGACUUCGCCCUUAACACGGAUCUGGAUCGGCUGGACCCGAACGCGCCAUCGUUUCAUCAUCUGGUCUCCCAGAUGCACGGCUACGACCUUCAUGGAGCGCCGCAACCUCAGCUACCGCCGCCUGGGAUGCUGGGGGGUCCGAUGAACGAUGCUGGUGGCGGCGGAGGCCCCUUACCGCCUCCUGGGGCCCACCAUCAGGGUGCUGGAGGUGGGCCUGACAUGGGCCAGCAUCCGGACAGUACCGACAGCUACGUAACUUAUUUGGAAAGUGACAGCGACUCCCUUCAUCACGACACCGGAAGUCCAUAGUACAUCAUCAGGAUCUUCGGACACCUCUUCGUCGCGAACACUGCGCGAAUUUCAUGGCUCAUCGCUUCCGUUUACCUCGUGGCAGCUUUUCUGAAAAUUCAAUUAUACGAAAUUUACUGUUUUUACACAAUUAGAGGGACGAUUAUUUUACUGCUGUUUCGCACUGUAUUCUCGUGCGGAUUUUUACGAAUUUCUGAAAUUUACUUGGUCCUGCGAUUUAUGGCCAUAUGAAAUUUUGCUCUUUGGAGGGUGAGAGAGAGAGGGACAAGAAAUCGUUAGGAUUUUUGACAUGUACGAUUUUUUUUUGUCGACGAUGCUCAUUGAUUUCAAUUUUUUACGAGGACCGAGGGGAAGGAUAAAAUAUUUAAAAAGAAUAAUUCCUUUCAUUUGCAUUAUAGUCAUCAAUCACGUGACGUUCGAGGAGUGCGACUGUCAGAGAGCGAAUUGUACGAAUUUUGUAAAUAAAUAAAGAAAUAAGUAAAUAAUUAAGUACGAUAAAUUAAGUGAGGAUGGUGAACGCGUGAGUGGGAGAGAGAUAGAGAGAUUAACGUUUAAAGUCAUUACCGCAAAGGCCGAGAAUAGCCGAGACACGAACCCCACGUUAACCACGUGGUCACGUAAAGUAUUGGAUGGUUGAACGAUGGUAAAUAUACUCAGGCCCACAAAGAAUAAUAUAGUAUAAUAUAAAUAGAAUUGAAUGACGUCAAUCCACGUUGUAAUUACUAUUAUUGUAUUACUAUCAGAAUAUGCAGUAGCUACAUCGAAACUAAUCACUGGCAACAACGUGCUCUUUCGAAUGGAGAUGCACACUAAAAGUGAGAAAAUCGAUCGGUAUAUCAGGAAACGGCAAUGGAUCGUAAGAUAAAAGACACAGAGACGUUACGACUGUAUUAUAGGUAAGGAGGAGCCACAAGGAAAGGGGCACAAGAACCCGACCUUGUUAUUCGCGAUACCAAAGCGAUUUAUGUAAAUAAAAUGAAUAAGAAGGAAUUUUAAAACAAGAAAAGAAAGAUAGAACUGCAGGGACACACUCAUUGCAUUUAUUAUGCACAGAACGAAUUAUUUCGAUGCAAAGGUGGACACGAGUCUAUUUUGUUUAAUUUUACGUAAAUUGUAAGAGAACGGUGUGAAUCAGAGAAAAAAGUUAUUUGCCAAAAAUUCAGAGCAAGAAAUUAAACGCUUUAUUCAUUGUUUAGGCGUACCUUGGGUUUUACUGAAUUCGUUCUACGUUAUCUCUCCUAAAUAAUAAUGACGGUUAGGAUAAAAAUGUUGAUGACGAUGAUGGCGAAAAUUUUUAGGUUUCAGACACGUACGACGUUUGUUCGGAUCAUCCUCGAAUUUGUAUAAUAUUUCUAUGCCGGCACGAUAUAUGCAAUAAAGUGUCGAAGUAA